AAAAGGGCUGCUGAUGUACAUCAAUGCCAGAAUCUCUCUCAGUUUUCUCUUCGUCUUUUUACUUUUCUCUGCUCAUGGUUUUUAGAUCGUACUAUGAUCUAACUUCUUCAGUAUACAAUCAAUUAUCGUGACACUGAAUUCUCAAAUUCACACAAUUCUAAAAUAAUUUAUCUUUUCUGGUUUAUAUGUUUAUGCAUUUAUAUACAUUCAUAUUCAAAUAACUAAAUAAGUUUAGGUGAAGGAAUUGAAGUAUAUAUGUCCGAUCAGGAGAAAAUGUUGUGGGGUUUUCUGGGUUUUCAAUAUUCUCAAUUGGGUUGUUGAGAUUUUAGGAGAAAAGUAACCGGUGUCUUGAGAGUGGGGGGAAAAAAUCUUACCUGGGACUGGGAGUUUUGAUAUUGUAUUGGUUUUUACCUGAAUAUUUUUGAUGAUCUCUAUGGUCAGUAGAGAUGGGAGAAAGGGGUUAGGUUUAGGUCAAGAUGAAGAAGCUGAGCUUGAAGAAGGAGAGGCUUAUUGUAAUCCUAAUGAGAAUAAGAAUGAGGAUUCAACCAUUGACCCUGAUAUUGCUCUGUCCUACAUUGAGGAAAGACUCCAAAACGUUUUGGGGCAUUUUCAGAAAGAUUUUGAAGGCGGAGUUUCAGUUGAGAAUUUGGGAGCAAAAUUCGGUGGCUAUGGUUCCUUUUUACCUACUUAUCAAAGGUCUCCAUCUCAAUCUUAUCCGAAGAAUUCACAAGAAGUGCAUAACAUUGAUGCUUCGAAGUCCCCAAAAAAGUUGCAUUUAGAGGAUGGAAGACAAAACUUAUUAGCUUCAUCAAGUGUGUCUCUGUCAGUAAGGCCUCAAGCAGCCCUGGGGAGAACAGCAUCAUUCUGCAAUUCUCUGGAAGGCGAUGUCACACAUGCCAAAGAAUCAACUUUGAAUUGCAGACUUGUUAAUAGUUCUGCCAAUCCUUCUGGCAAGAGAACUCUGAAAGUUAGAAUCAAAGUUGGCUCUGAAAACUUGUCCACUCAAAAGAAUGCUGAUAUCUACAGCGGACUUGGUCUUGAUGUCUCUCCAUUGUCUUCUUUGGAUGACAGUUCCACAACUAGUGAAGGGUUAUGCGGUAACCUUCAGGAUGUACCAGAUAAAUAUCCUACUGGUAUUCUUGAGAUGAUGACUUCGUUACCUGUGGACCUACUUCUAUCCCCUCUAUCUGCGGAUCUGAUUCACCUCACGAGGAAAGGAAAGCUUAGAGGAAAGAGUGAUCAUAUACCCAUUGAGAAGGCAAGCUUAGAUAGUUCUGGGAUGUUAUUCAAUAGAUCUCAUUUCAGUAGGAGUAAUCAGAAAGUUUUAGAGUGCAAGAAAUGGAAGUCAUCUGAAAUGGACGAUGCUUUUUUGAAGGAAUUAAUGUGUAAGAAGAACAGUGGCGAUCUGGACAAUAUCCAUGUUCUGUUGAAGAAGGAAACUGAUAUGGACAUGUUUAAUUGUGAGAAACUUGUUGCCGAUGCUCUGAAACUCCCAUUGCUGUCAAAUUUAGAACAUAGCAUUGCAGAUCCUAUGAAAUGUACUUCUAGGGAAACAGUUGAUGUACCUGUGACUUCUAUUCAUGAUAAGGUGAAAGAAGAAAGCUUUUCUGAAGUUUCGGUGAAGAGACUUCAUGAGAGUGCGUCUUCCCAAGAUAUGGGCGGCGUUGAGAAGUUGGAUGGGAGGCUGGGUUCAUCUGGUAAGGUUUUGGAAAAUAAAAAAGAUGUACCUGAAACAGAAAAGGCUUAUUUUUCAGCCCAUUCUGGGUCAAAUGUCUGUGAGGGUAGAAACUCUUUUACUGGUGAAGCUGCUGGCCCUAUGGAACAUUUAGUAGUUAAGAAAAGAAAAUCCGGUUGUGAGGUAGCCAUAAAACAAGCUCUUAAGAAGUCUUUGGGGAGCAAAAAGAAAUUUAAAGGAAUUCACAGUCAGGGUGCUCAAGGAUCCAACGUAUCAAAAGAUCAGUCUAUGAUUGUUUCUUCUAUACUGCUUAAAAGUGGGCAGAGCUCUCGUGCUAAUAGAAUGAUUUAUAAAAAUGGUCAACUCAAUCUUCAAAAGGACCAGGGAAAGCCUGGAGACAGAUAUAAAGCUUUCUUUGGAGACUUGGAAUUUGAAAAAGAAGAUGAAGACUCAGUUUCAGGGGAAAUGACUUUGGCAAGAAAGCUGAAGGAUUCUCAACUAAUUGAAAAAGGCAUUGUUGGAUGUCACAGCACGAAAAAAGAGAAAUGCAAGGAUAAAAAAGCCAAAAAGUCAUCUUCUGGAGAGGAAUAUCUUAGGGGAGCUUCUAGUGUGGCACCUCUAUCUGGAAAUGGACCCUUUUCAGAUGCUUCGGUAACAGCAGUGGUUCCUCUAGUCAAUGAAGAUUGGGUCUCUUGUGAUAAAUGUAAAAAAUGGAGACUUCUUCCGCUUGGUACAAAUCCUAAGAGCCUUCCUGAUAAAUGGCUUUGUAGGAUGCUGACGUGGCUGCCUGGAAUGAACCAUUGUAGCAUCCCGGAGGAUGUGACAACUAGUGCUUUAAGUGCCCUCUACCAUCCGGUUCCUGCUUCAGCUCCUCCCUCUGCUCCAGAGAGUCAACCCAAUCGGCUUAAUAAUCCUACUGGGAUUUCGUCAGGACGGUCCUCAAUUUAUGCUAGUUCUUCUGGUCAAAAUAUCCCGAAUAUUGUUUCUCAAGCUACAAUUAUCAGCAAGAAGAAAAACAAUGGGUUAGCAUAUGCCACAAAUUCAACUGAUCUGGAUGCUCACAAUUCACAAUCUCAGAAGAAGAACCUUCAAACUCCAGGCAAUAGCAGCAUUUUGGAUGGAGCCGCCGAUUUUCCUGUUGAUUCAUGUGGACAGCAGUAUUUGUGCCAAUCUAGUAGUGCUUUUGAGAAGAAUGAAGAAGAGGACAGAGUAUUCCUAGACAAUUGUUCUGAUAGAGGUACAAAUUCAAAGAUAAGGAGCAAAAGAGAGUCUGGUUUAGAUUGUUCUAGAACUUCUAAAAGAUCUAAAUGUAAUAAUGUAGAUGAUGCGGCUUCCUUAAAAGCUGGUCAUAGCUCAAGCAGUGGUUUGUCAAAUAAUGCGUCAGGGAAUGAUCGACACUGUAAGGAUGCCAGAAUUGACACAAAAAAGAAUGUAGCUUCCUGUAAGAAUUCAGAAUUCAUUGUUCCAGGUACUUCAGAUGAUGGUUUCUUACGUACAAGCAACCUUGAUAAUGAGAAUACUGUUAAGAAGAGGAAAGGGAAGGAUCAUGGUUCUCGGGUUCUUUCAAGUGCAGGACCACACACACAAGCCGCUGUGAAUUUUGUGGAAGAAACCUGUGAAAGUGACUAUUGGAAAGAAAUGAAAGCAAGAAUUUCAACAUCUGGGGGAAAGGACACUGGCCAAAGCAAAGCCAAUGUAGGAAAAGAGAGAAAGGACGGGAGUACAACAGACCAGUAUAUUGGGCAAAGUCUGAGUAACACUCUACCUAAAUGUAGCUUAGAUGCUGCAGAUUAUUUGAGAAGUGAUAUGGGUUCUGUACAUCCUUUUGCUGCAAAUUCAAGCUCUUCCAAGGUAUCGGGGUCCUGUAAAAGCAAACGACCUGGACAGGAAGUGAAAGGCUCGCCAGUUGAAUCAGUGUCUUCAUCUCCUUUGAGAUUUCCUAAAACCGAUAAGUUCACAUCAACAGGAAGGAUCCUUGUUGGCAAAGUUGAUUUUCAUGAUCCUGGCUCAUUGACUUCUACUAGUCCUAGAAGAUUUUUGAGUGGUGAAGACUGUAGGAAUGAUCAAUCAGGGAUGGUGGAAAAAAGUGCAACUCUUACCAUCAUUAAUAAUAUUACUGAUGUCUAUGAUGGUCUCCUAGGUCAAGGUAAUCAAAAUGCUUGGGGAACACAUACUUCAGAGCAAUGCCAAGAUGAAGAAGGAACUGCCAGUCAUUCUCAAGUUAAUGGGUCUAGCUCAAAGAAGUCAUGCAAAGGGUUCUCAUCAUGUUCUAAAGACAAGAGUCGCAGUUCUAGAUCUGACUUGGAUAAAAAUAUGAACACGGUUUCUGAUUCUUCCCGGGAAUUAGGUCACAUGAAAUUGUACGAGGAAAAAAUUAAGAGCGGAAGGAACAAAUUUGAUGAGAAAUGUGCCUCUCUUGGUGAGGCUAAGAAACCUUUCUUUCUUAAGAAAAAUGUUUCUGAAGGAAUGUUGAGAGAGAGUAAUAAGGGAAAAAGUCAACUAAAAGUUGGAGGUCUUGAUGGUUCAGAUAGUAGACUAGACGUUAAUAAAAGCCUGGACAAAAAGAACAAUCAUCUUCAACCUGAGCAUGAUGAGAAAAGACUAUCCAAAAAGCGUCACUCUGGCAAAGGCAACCGAGCUGAUGUCAAUGGGAGUGGGAGGUCACACUCAGCAGCAAAGGUUCAGAUAGAAACAGUUGUGGAUCUUCAUUGUGUUUCUCGGACGGAGAGUGGAGUAAAAGUUUUGGCUGACGACCUGUUUGAAAAGGGCAAUGCCUUGAAGACUCUGAAGCAGAGUAAGAAAGCUAAGAACCAGAAUGUUCAGCCCAUAUGUUCAAGGCAUCCUACUCCUAAUAAGCACAAUGUUCGGGAUAUUGAAUCCCCUAAUCCUGUUCGAAGAGAUUCCUCCACUCACACUGCUAACAGUACCAUAAAAGAGGCAAAGGACCUAAAGCACCUGGCUGAUCGUCUUAAGAAUUCUCGAUCAACUGAAAGUACGGGGCUUUAUUUCCAAGCUGCCCUCAAAUUUCUCCAUGGAGCCUCUUUGUUAGAAUCUGGAAACAGUGAGGGCACCAAGCAUAACGAAAUGCUACACUCAAUGGAUAUAUAUAGUAGCACAGCAAAACUCUGCGAGUUUUGCGCCCUUGAAUAUGAAAAGUCAAAAGACAUGGCUACUGCUGCUUUAGCCUAUAAAUGCGUGGAGGUUGCAUACAUGCGGGUAGUUUAUUGUUCACAUACUGGUGCAAGCAGGGACCGAAAUGCAUUGCAAAGUGCUCUACAAAUCGUUUUCCCAGGUGAAUCUCCAUCGUCUUCUGCUUCUGACGUUGACAACUUCAAUGGUCAAGCAACUGUGGACAAGGCUGCCUUAGCCAAAGUUGUUGGCUCCCCUCAAAUUUCUGGAAGCCAUGUUAUCACCACACAGAAUCGUUCUAGUUUCAUGCGGCUUCUCAAAUUUGCACAGGAUACUAAUUUUGCAAUGGAAGCCUCUAGGAAAUCAAGAAUUGCGUUCGCAGCUGCUAGUCGAAGACCUGGAGAGGCCCAGGAUAGAGAGGGUAUCUGUUUUAUCAAAAAGGCACUCGAUUUUAACUUUCAAGAUGUGGAUGGUCUAUUACACCUUGUUCGAGUCGCAAUGGAAGCCAUCAACCAUUGAACUCAGUGUUUGUAUUGCUUCAAUCUAGGGUUUUUUCUUUCCUCUAAUUUCUAUUCGACAUCGACGAAGAAAAUUGACGAAAGGAUAUCUUGAUUGCCAACUUCUGAAUCUACUAGACUAUGAGUUCAAUUGGAACUUUGUCCUUGUAAAUCUGUACAUUUAUGUUCCAGUUUGCAAUAUUUACUUCAUUCUUUAUAGGGAUGCUUUUGAAAAUGAAUAAGGGCCCCAGUUUUUUCUACUAAAAUUUAUGAGGAGAUCCUUGAAUCUAUGCCAUGUUCAUGAUUACAACAAUUAAUCCUACUGACUUGCCUGGAUCUCACACAUUUUGAUGAAGUAUUGAGGAUUCUCAUUCGGUGGUUAAUUUCCGGUUGGCCGUUAAUUCUUUGCAUAGGUAACAUUUCCCCUCUUUGUUAUCUUGUAUAUCUUACAGUUUGAUUUUUGCUGAUAUUUCCAUGUCAUAUACCGUUUCCAAUUCUUGCAACUAGCUGAAUUUACUUUUUGUUCUUGAAAUGGAGAGUAAUUUUGUAGCUCUAUCCUUCCCAUGUGUGUAAAUUUGAUACAGAUUGAUUUUUCCAGCAAUUGAAGAUAGUGUUCAUCUACUAAAGUUUCUCUAAAUCUUUUCGCAGUUGCAAUUGCCUUGAAUAUAAUACCAAAAAUAUUGAUGUUUCAUCAAGUUUCAUUGGUAUCUUUGGGAUUCAAUGCCAUAUCAAACUCCAGCAACUGACAGGUAAUUUACCAGUUUCCGAACACUAUAGAGAUAAUACAAUUGUUGCAAGUAUCAAUCACAUUUCGCCUAUUCAAGAAAUCUAAUUUUGUAGUGGUAAGUCAUUUUAGAUAUAAUUUGUCAUAUUGAAAAUAACUACUUUGUACACUUUUUUUUCCCUCUUGAAACUGCCUUCUAUCGGGAUUUUAUAUUCAUGUGACCACCCUCAGAGAUUGGACCUUUAGAAGUGAAAUUCUAUGUGGGUGGACGCUUUGGAACGUGUUGUUAAUUAUAUUGUGUUUGAGUUGCAUACUAAGACGAACUUAUAUCAAAUGACACGAGGAGCUUAGGCAUUUUGGUUUCUACACCUUUUUUUAUCCACAUUGGAUGUUUCGGUAGUAAGGGCGCAUACGACCUGACCUCAAGGCGCAACGUGAGUUGGCUCACUAGGCACUUUGGCAGAUCAGUUGGAGAGGCGCUCGGACCCUGGUCAGUAGGAGGCACAUCCCGCGGUUUAAUUGGUUUGUGUGAAGAGGGGUCGGAUCACAGGCCCAAAGAAUAGUCGUCGAAGGCGGACACCUUGAUAAAAAAUAAAAAAAUAAAAAAAUGUGACCUCGUUGUGCUCUGAGUUGUACUUUGUUGACUUUUGUUGAGUAUGGCUUUAUGAUCCUUUGUGCAGGUAACUUAGCGAUGCAAAAACUUGGAAACUUACAAAUGAAUAGAUGGGAUAUUUUCUGGGUUGUUUCA